CUCCCGUUCACGACCUCCAACGGACGCGCCGGCGGCGGGAACCAGAAGGCACUCCUGGUGCGAGGCCUUGGCCCUUCUGCAGAGAGAAUGCUGCUGCCACCUGUCUGUCCCUCCUGAACCUCCAGGGUUUUCUACCACUUUGCCCCAUGGAGGACAUGCCCCUCUCAUUCAGUUGCUCUGACUGUCAGCGCCACUUUCCUAACCUCCCAGAACUGUCACGGCAUCGGGAACUGCUCCAUUCAGCUGCUAACCAGGACAAGGAGGAAGCUGAUGGCAUCCCUCACCCCUAUUGCAGUCAGCCAGGGAGCUUAGCCAACCACCAGCGGAACCACGAGACUGGUCUUUUCCCCUGUACCACCUGUGGCAAGGAUUUUUCUAAUCCCUUGGCCCUCCAGAGCCAUAUGAGGACUCAUGCUCCUGAAAGCCACCAAAGACACAGACCCCCACAUGCCAAGGAAACCAUUCCACACCUUCAGAGAGAGACCAUGUCCACUGACUCCUGGGAUCAGAGGCUUGGUUCUGGGGAAGGCUGGGAAAAUCAGACAAAGCAUGUACAAGAGACACAUGAAUGGGAAUCUGGGACUGAUCCCAGGGCAGCUUCAGGGACUUGGGAAGAACCACCUACCAAACAAAGAGAAGGCUUAGAAAUUCAGCCAGAUUCUAAAGGAAGUACAGAGGACUGGGUACCCACCACCAAUUCUGAUGGAGCACCACCACUCCCCACUCCAGCGAGCAACCUCCUUAGCAAUUUGGAACAGUAUUUGGCUGAAUCAGUAGUGAACUUCACAGAGGCACAGGAGUCCACUGAGCCUCUUCCUGCUGAGGUGGAGCGAAGAUACAAGUGCGAUCAGUGUGGAAAAACCUAUAAGCAUGCUGGGAGCCUCACGAACCACCGCCAGAGCCACACACUGGGUAUCUACCCUUGUGCCAUCUGUUUCAAGGAGUUCUCUAAUCUCAUGGCCCUGAAGAACCACUCAAGACUCCAUGCCCAGUAUCGGCCUUACCACUGUCCUCACUGCCCCCGUGCCUUUCGGCUCCCUCGGGAUCUGCUGGAGCAUCAGCAGUCCCAUGAAGGGAUAAAGCAGGAACAACCAUGGGAAGACAAAGAGAUGCCUACCACAAAUGGACAUGCAGAUGAGAGGAGCUGGGGUCAGCUAUCUAGAACAGGGAUGUUGAAUGGUUCUGGGGAGCUCAGCUCUUCUGGGCAGCUAGAAGAUGGUAACUCAGAGGAGUAUCGACCUUUCUGUUGUGGGGACUGUGGCCGUACUUACCGUCAUGCGGGUAGUCUCAUCAACCAUCGAAAGAGUCACCAAACAGGUAUCUACCCCUGUUCCAUUUGUUCCAAGCAGCUAUUCAAUGCAGCUGCUCUGAAAAACCAUAUUCGUGCUCAUCAUAGACCCCGGCAAGUAGCUGGGGAAGAUGGUCAGUCAUCAGUGUCCUCAGCUGCUCCUAUGUCAGCUGAGAAUACUCCAAAAGAGGAAGAAGUACCCACUGCCAGCCUGGACCAUCGUCCCUAUAAGUGUAAUGAGUGUGGUCGGGCUUACCGCCACAGGGGGAGCCUGGUGAACCACCGCCACAGCCACCGGACAGGAGAGUACCAGUGUUCACUCUGUCCUCGAAAAUACCCCAACCUUAUGGCUCUGCGGAACCACGUGCGGGUACAUUGCAAGGCUACACGGCGAAGUACAGAUCCAGGGACUGAAGGUUCACCUAGCCCUGUCAAGAAAGAACAACCCGAUCCAGUGGGAAUAGAAGCAGCAUUCCACACAGAUGAGGAACAUGUAUGCAAACGUGAAGAAGAGGCCACCAGUAACCCCCCAACAGCAGAUAGGACAGUGUCACAGGUGUGUAGCAUUUGUGGGAUGAUGUUUGAAGAUCUCAGAAGUCUUGAACACCAUAGCAUGACCCACAGGGAAGGAGAAAAAAGCAAGACAGACAGCACGUUGUCACCAACUAGAACAUUUGCUUGCCAGGACUGUGGCAAGAGCUAUCGACACUCAGGCAGCCUUAUCAACCACAGGCAGACCCACCAAACAGGAGACUUCAGUUGUGGGGCCUGUGCCAAGCAUUUCCAUACCAUGGCGGCUAUGAAAAGCCAUUUACGACGUCAUAGUCGGCAGUGGAAUAGAAGGCAGCAGAAACAAGAUAGUAAUACAGGUGAAGAAGAAGCCAAACUCCCACCUGUGAGUACCUGGACCCUGAAGGUAGAAAACGAUGAGGGCCCGGAUUCUUCCCGAGACCCUUGUGAGACUGAAGACAACCUGGAAAGGGAUGGGGACUGUUUGCAGGCUGGAUCUAAAGGCAACAAAUGUGUGCUUAAAAGAGAGGAAGCCUGCUUUCUGGGUGAUAAAGACGGCACAGGCACUGAGGAAGGACUAGAAAAGAAAGAGACCUGUUUCCUUGACAGCUUAGACAUUCCAGGUGAUGAGGAGAGCAGUGAAACUGGCUUCUGUGGUAGCCUCCCUGGGGUGAACAGUGACCAGAAGAGCGGCAUUUGCCAGUCUGACUCCUCUUCCCACCCUGCUGACACUGACACUGUCUGGAAGGCUGAAGCCACUCACACAUGUUCUGACUGUGGGGAUUCUUUUCCCCAUGCUGCUGACCUGUCGAGUCAUAGGUCCUGCCACCCUCCAGGCAUCUAUCAAUGCUCUCUCUGUCCAAAGGAAUUUGAUUCUCUGCCUGCCCUUCGCAGUCACUUCCAGAACCAUAGGCCAGGGGAGGUAGCCUCAGCACAGCCCUUCCUCUGCUGCCUGUGCGGUAUGAUCUUUCCUGGGAGGACUGGCUACAGGCAUCACCUGCGCCAGGCUCAUGGUGCUUCUGGCAUAACUGAGGGUUCAGAAGAAGAAGAGGAAGGCACAGCAGAAACAGCCUCUACCCAUAGUCCUCCCCUGCAACUCUCAGAAGCAGAGCUGCUGAAUCAGCUGCAACGUGAGGUGGAAGCUCUAGAUGGAGCAGGUUAUGGGCAUAUUUGUGGCUGCUGUGGUCAGACCUAUGAUGACCUAGGGAGCCUGGAGCGUCACCACCAAAGUCAAAGUUCCAGCAAUAGGACUGAGAAUGUUCCUAGCCAUUUGGAAGGAUCAGAUGAUGCAAUAGAAAUGGUUGCAGAUCAUGGCUUUGAGGGCACAGUGACCUCUGUCCCAGAAGAAGGUGGAGAUAUAAAGUCUGAAGAGGGAGUAGAUGACACAGUUGCAGACAGCCUUUGCAUGGAGGCUGGUGAAAGCUUUCUGGAGUCCCACCCUCGCCCUUUUCAAUGUAACCAGUGUGGCAAGACCUAUCGCCAUGGAGGAAGCCUAGUGAACCACCGAAAGAUCCACCAGACAGGUGAUUUCAUCUGUCCUGUCUGUUCCCGCUGCUACCCCAACCUGGCUGCCUACCGGAAUCAUCUGCGGAACCACCCUCGCUGCAAGGGCUCAGAACCCCAAAUGGGGCCCAUCUCAGAGGCAGGAGGCCACAGUGAACCCCAGAAUGCUGCAGGGGCAGGGCAGGAGCAGGCUGUCAUAGGGCAGCUCCAGGAAGAACUUAAAGUGGAGCCCUUGGAGGAGCUGGCAGGUAUCAAAGAAGAAGUGUGGGAGGAGACCACUGUAAAGGAGGAGGAACUGGAACAGGGGUUAGAGACAGGCUGUCAGACAGAGGUUACCUCUGAGCGGCCCUUUAGCUGUGAAGUGUGUGGCCGCACCUACAAGCAUGCUGGCAGCCUUAUCAAUCACCGGCAGAGCCACCAGACUGGCCACUUUGGCUGCCAGGCCUGCUCCAAGGGCUUCUCCAACCUCAUGUCGCUCAAGAACCACCGGCGCAUCCACGCAGACCCUCGACAUUUUUGCUGCAGUGACUGUGGGAAAGCCUUUCGCCUGCGGAAGCAGCUGGCCAACCAUCAGCGGGUGCAUACUGAGCGACGCAGGGGCAGGGGCACCCAGAAACUGAUUCGUGAGGAUCGUCCUUUCAGGUGUGGGGAUUGUGGCCGGACUUACCGCCAUGCUGGUAGCCUCCUAAACCACCAAUGCAACCAUGAGACGGGUCGUUACAGCUGCCCUUUCUGUUUUAAGACCUUUUCUGACUGCACAGCCCUGAAAGACCAUCAGAAGCUGCAUUCUGAUAGUCAACGGAGGCGACAGUCAGGAUGGCCUCAGAGGGCAGCAGCUAUACAUUGUACCCUUUGUGGCUGUGCCUUUCCUGGCAAGGGAUCUCUAGAGCGGCACCUCCGGGAGCAUGAGGAGGCCAAACUAGAGUUGGCCAGUAGCCAGGGAAGCCAACAUGGUACAGAAGGCAGUAAGGAGAACCUUGAUGGUGACUGGGGACUAGAGAGCAGGUCAGAUGGCAUUGAGUCAGUACUGCAGCUGGAACAUGAAACCGAAAGGCCUGGGGAGCACAGUCAGAGUCCCAGUAGGCCAGCAUGUUCAGAAGUCACAGAAUCCACACAGGAGGUAGGGAUGGUGGAUGGAUAUCAAGGAGACAGGGCACAAAUGAAUCACAAUGGUUCCUGGGUUCUUCAGGAUCAGUUAACCAAGCCAGAAGGCAAGUUGGAAGACACUGUCUCUGGGAAUCCUUGUCAUCUCUCUGAGAGCCAGUCCAAUGGUCCUACUCUGAGAUGUACAGAAAGCUGGAAUGGUGCAGACAGCAGCUCUCAACUCCAACCAGAGAGCCACUGCUGCAGCCAGUGUGGCAAGACCUACUGCCAACCUGAUGGCCCCUUGGACCCCAGCAUUAGCAGGAAAGACUGUCACAGUUGUUUGUUCUGCUCCAAAGAGUUCUUGAAUCCUGUGACCACUAAGAUCCACAACCACAUUGCUGCCCAGAGCUUUGCUUGUAGUAACUGUAGCAAAGUGUUUGAGUCCCACAAUGAACUGGCCACACACAUAAAGACUCAUGCUGUUGAGCAUAGUCAGGUGUCAAGUCAGACAGAGGAGACCAGAGAUCCACAAGCUGGGAUAAUAGAGGUAGAUCUUCCUGGGCCAGGGAAAGCUCAGGAGGCCCCGUCAGGACUUCCUAGAAACCCAGAAGAGAACGGGGAGCCAGCUAAUGAAGGACAAGGAAUAAAUUUCACAGCAGCCGAAGACAAGGAACGUCCCUUUUGCUGUGCUCAGUGUGGGCGUUCCUAUCGCCAUGCUGGUAGCCUACUCAAUCACCAGAAGGCCCACACCAUUGGACUCUACCCCUGUUCCCUGUGUCCCAAACUUCUGCCCAACCUGCUGUCUCUCAAGAACCACAGCAGGACCCACACGGACCCCAAGCGCUACAGGUGCAACAUCUGUGGCAAGGCUUUCCGAACUGCUGCCCGCCUUCAGGGCCAUGGACGGGUCCAUGCACCCCAGGAGGGACCAUUCACCUGUUCUCAUUGUCCUCGCCACUUCCGCCACCGAAUCAGCUUCCUGCGACACCAGCAGCAGCACCAGGAAGAGUGGACAGUGUCUAGCUCAGGAGCGUCAGUGGCACCAGCAACAAGCAGAGGGGACUCCUCUACAGCCUCGCUUCAGGACUCCUCACCCCAGUGGCCUGCGGACCUCAAUAUCUCUCUCUGAACUUCAGGUCUCCAAAGAACAGUUCACUGAAGCUAGGGGUGCAGGCAAGGAGAGGCUUGCUCUCCACAUUUUGCUCAGGAGUUGCUUGGGCGUCCCCAUCGCCUCUUCCCACGAUGAGGACCCUGGUCUGGCUUUUUUCUCAUAAAGAGCAUGAGGUAGUCUUCAUGUCUGUGCCCAUGAAGGAUGAAGGCUCUCCUUCCCAACCCUUUGUCACCAUGUUCUUCCAGGGCCAGGCUCUGCCAAAAUGCUGGGAUAGCCAGAUCUAACCCAGGGAGAGGCAGAUUCAGAGAGUACCACAGGUGGGAAAGCUGCCUGUGGCAGGGGAGCCUUUUACUAUAGUUUGUAACUUAUUUUCUAAAAUCUAUUUUGUAACAAUUUAAGUUUUAAAAAAGGAAAAUUGCUCCCCACCCCCCUACACCCCCAAGGAAAAAAACAACUUUUUUUUUUUUUCACAACAGCUACUGGUGUGGUUGUAUCUGAAAGACUGGAUAGGGAAUACUGAGACAUCUCUGUUGGAAAGCAGAGCUGGGGGCGGGGUCAUGGUCACGCAUGGAAAGCAUCUCUGGACAGGCUCAUUCCCAGCCAGCCAGCUGUUGGGCCUGCCUCAGGGCUGGGAACCACAAGACAAGGAGGGGAAGGGCAGGAGUGCAGAAUUGGGUGUUGAAGUGGGAGUUGCCUGGCGUUGCUGGCGUCCUG